AAAAAAACAUUAUUGAUUUUUCAUUUGACAAGUCGCUGGAAAACAUUCUCGGAUUCUUUAUUUUUCUCGGUUAAAUGGAUUAAAAUAUUCUAUUUAGUGAAGUGUUUAGUGUCAAAUCGGUUGUUGUUUGUGAAAAGCUAUUCGAAAAUAAACAAAGGAUAUGAGUGAAUUAAGACAUCGGCGCGGGGAAGGUGAUGGAAACGACAAACUGGAGAACGCUGGCGAAUCUGAUCACGUUGAUUCGGAGGAGGAGAAGAAUAUAGAAGAGAAAUAUGUGGAUGAAUUGGCGAAGUCUUUGCCACAGGGAACGGAUAAAACUCCGGAAAUCCUUGACUCUGCUCUUUCGGGACUAUCGUCAAGAUGGAGGAACUGGGUUAUCCGAGGUAUCUUCACCUGGUUGAUGAUUGCUGCGUUCUGCCUGCUCAUCUACGGAGGACCACUGGCUCUUAUGAUCACGGUACUGUGCGUGCAAGUGAAAUGUUUCGAAGAGAUCAUCAACAUUGGGUACGCGGUGUACCGCGUCCAUGGACUCCCCUGGUUCAGGUCCCUCUCCUGGUACUUCCUGCUGACUUCCAACUACUUCUUCUAUGGAGAGAACCUCAUUGAUUACUUUGGAGUCGUCAUUAAUAGGACGGACUACCUGAAGUUCUUGGUGACGUACCAUCGGUUCAUCUCGUUCAGUCUGUACUGCGUGGGCUUCGUGUGGUUCGUCCUGUCCCUGGUCAAGAGGUACUACAUGAGACAGUUCAGUCUCUUCGCCUGGACACACGUCGCUCUGCUCAUUGUCGUCACCCAGAGCUACCUCAUCAUCCAGAAUAUAUUUGAAGGUCUAAUAUGGUUCAUAGUGCCGGUGUCUAUGAUCAUCUGCAAUGACGUCAUGGCCUACGUGUUCGGCUUCUUCUUCGGAAAGACCCCGCUCAUCAAGCUGAGCCCCAAGAAGACCUGGGAGGGUUUCAUCGGCGGCGGAAUAUCUACUGUUAUUUUUGGACUUGUGAUGUCGUACAUGAUGUCCCAAUACCCGUACUUGGUGUGCCCCAUCGAGUACUCCGAGUCCCUGGGCCGCAUGACCAUGGACUGUGAGCCAUCGCUGCUGUUCCGGCUCCAGGAGUACACGCCGCCUCAGUUCGUGCAGCCCGUUAUGAAAGUUUUCGGUAUGGAGAAGCUGAACAUCUACCCGUUCAUGAUCCACUCGCUGUGCCUGAGCACGUUCAGCUCUGUCAUCGGACCAUUUGGAGGAUUCUUCGCUUCAGGAUUUAAACGCGCGUUCAAGAUCAAGGACUUUGGCGACGUGAUCCCCGGGCACGGCGGCAUCAUGGACCGCUUCGACUGCCAGUUCCUGAUGGCCACCUUCGUGAACGUGUACAUCACCAGCUUCAUACGUACCGCCACGCCGCAGAAACUGUUGCAACAGGUAUACAACCUAAAACCUGAACAACAGUUGCAACUAUUCUACGCCCUGAAGGAAUCGUUGGAACACAGGAAUAUACUAAACUUGGUACCCUAGACGCGCCGAGCUAGUACAAUUUCAGGUCAAAUUUAUGGUCACAGCCAGGUAAAGCACUUCACACUUUACGGAAAAUCGCUGCGUUUUGUAUGAUUCAUAGUUUUAUACGUUAUUCAUUAUCAAGACAAAUGUACGGGUGUUAUAGUAGGUUUUAUAAAGAAAAAGUAAUAUGAAAAUAGUUCAUCUUUUGUGUUUUUGCUGACAAUAAAUCUAUCUCCAACUCGCAGUUGAGUUAGCGUGGUGAUUAAUGUUUAAACCUUCUCCGUAUGAGAAGAGGCAUUUGGUCAGCAGUGGCCACUUAAAGGCUGUUAAUGAUGAUAAUGAAUUCUGUCUUGUAUAAUGAAAGUAUGAAAAUAUUUGGUAUUAAUAACUCACUUAUUUUUAUAUUUUUUCCUUGUCAACAAGUUAACAUAUUGUUGAUGUUAACGUAAAGUAACAAAUGUUAUUGAUUUUGUCCAUAAAAAUACGUAAUUGAAAGAGAAAUAAUGUUUAUAAACGCAGCGUUACUUUCGUGAAGUGUGAAAGUGCUAAGGAGGAACAUAUCCCGUGUACCAUGCAAGGAAAAAACAAUUGUUCUAGUCUAAUAUUGUAUUUGUCAUUCACUUUGAUAUAGACAACACUGUUAAACAACAUUUUAAAUGAAAAAAGUUAUAGAAAAUAGAAAAAUUAUGGACAAAAUUGUCCAAUUCUUCCAUUAAAUAAGUGCUAAGGUCUUAAUUUCUUUGCAUUUACAAAAAAGAUAGUUAAAAUAUCUUAAAGUUAUCUAAACAAAAACUAUUGUCCAACCAAAGAAUAAAUAUCAAAGUAAAUGAUAAAUACAAAUCAUAUAAAAAUAUAUAGUAAUAAUUUAUUUACUUCCCCCCGUCACUACAUUACGGUAUCCUUCGGGAGGUAACAUAAUAUUAAAAAAAUAAAUUUAAAAAUAAAACCUAGUGUUUACAUAGGCUAUCGAUAGUGAAAUAAUAAAAAAAAAAUACAUCUUCCUCAAAUUACUUAUACGAAAAAAAUCGUAGUUUUUGUGUACGUACUAAGUAGUUUCUAAAUGACAAUUUAUUAGUAAUUUACUUCAUAUUUGUCAUUUAGUAAUAUUAAAAAAUAAAUAAGCUUGGAAGAGAAAGUUUCGAUAGUGAAAAGAAAAAAAAUAAGAAAAAAUGUCUUAAAUUCACUCUGACUCUCUUUCAAACUUGUUUUGUGUGAAAUUUAAUUAAAAAUCUUAGUUUUUGUUUACCAUAAAUCAUAUCAAUAUAGUCAAUUCCAACAACUGUUUGAGAUCUGACCGAAAAAAUACAUUCAAUGAUUUGUAUUAGAAUAACUCUUUUCCUGGUCAACCUCUAAUAACUUUAUGGUAAACAAAAACUACAGAUUUAUAAUGAAAAAAAAAAAUGUGGUUCUUGUGCUAAUAAUAAGGGCAUCGUCGUGUUAAUUAAAUAAAAAAAAAUGAACUAUUGUGUCCUAUUCGCUAUCCAACCACUCGAAUUGAUUUCAUACACCUAUCGUGUCUCGAUAAAUAAAAGAUUGAGCAGACUGGAUGCGUAUACGCAUACGUACUCGGCGCAGACGUGCGUACGUACACGCAUGUCUGCGCAUAGGCAUCCAGUCUGCUUGAGCCUUAUAGGUGGGAAUUAUUCUUAGUAUUUACUUAUAAUAGUAAUUAUGUGUUUUUCCUCGAAUUUUUAUGACUAUGUGUAUAGUCUAAAUGAUUGCCUCAUACAAUUUGUAUUGAAUCUAUUAUUUUUGUUUAUUAUAGUUUAUUUUUAGUUUUGUUUUGUAUUUGUUAGUUGGUUCGCUUAAGUUUGGUGGAAGCCUGUAUGCGCUUUGAUUACAUUAAAACUCAUUUGAUAACGAUAUAAUGUGUUUACUACUGGAUUAAGGCACAUACUCAAAUUACAAUCAAUAUGACAAGUACCUACUAAAGCAAUCACUAAACAGUGGAAUAAAAAAAAAUAUUUUUUUUUGUUUAUCAAUGUAUUACAUAUUCCAAAAUUGCAGUAUCAAAAAUUAUGUUUGAGUUUCACUUACAAUAAUGCCAAGGUGUCAUUCUCUAUUUUCUUUAAAAAUCUGUAUUUUCCUAUAUCCUAUAGUCCCUUAAUUCAGUAGUACACACAAUUAUAAAUAUAUUUUUUGGAUUAGACAGGGAAUAAUGCAUUUGUAUUGUAUGCUUUAGACUGAAAAACGAACGACUGUUACAUGUGCUAAAGACUUUUUGACUACUUUCCUUUUUGGUCUGCAAACAGAUUAAUUAAAAAACUAAUUAUUGUUAUUAUUACAUACGCAAUUCUUCUUAUUGUAUUCAGUUAGUUUUGCAAAAAUACCUAAGUCUUUUUGACAGGAUUUGGCAAAUGAAAUAUGUUAGAAUGUUAAGAGGAAAAUUUUAAAUAAUAAAGUAGCUACAUGAUUUAACUGUUUAGGGAAAGAUUUUUGGAAAGGAACGGAAAGAGAUGAGGAAUUGAAUGUUAUUUAUCGUGAAGGCUUUAAACUCUGCAUUACUGCUAAUACUGCACGCUUGUCAAAAUACAUUAGGUAUAAACAUAUAAAUAAUCAUUAGUAUGUGGGUAAGGGAUAUCACUAUCUUAAAAUGUCACUAGAGCUGUCAUAAUUUGUGUUUGACAUUACUUCAUUUGGAAGUUUCUUUAGUAAAAAAAAUACAUUAAUUUUGAUUCAUAGUCACUGUCAUUCAUAGAUUUGAUGAUCUAUUUAAUUUUCAAUUUUAACUAGCUAAUUUUCUAAAUAAAAUUUUGAUGACGUCAUAACAAUACGCACUAUUUCAUAGAAAAUAUAGUUUUUGACGUUUCGAAAAAAGUAUUGAGUUUGGCUAUUAAGAAACUAGCCUAUUAUCUAUUGUACAAAUGUAAUAUUAACGCCAUCUGGUAAACACAAAGCGGUAACUCAUUUCACGUAUAUUUCCAAAGAAAAUACCCAGAAUUACACGGAUAGCUAAUUUAAUUCUUAAACAAACAGCAAUAGAGUUGAAAAUAAAACAACAUAUUAACCUAUUCAAUGAAAUCCCUUACCCAUCCAAAAAUAUAUCUAAACAGAUAAUAAAUAAAGUUGAAAAAUGAAAGGUUUAUGUAUAAAUUAUUCAGAGUUAAACCUUGUUAAGUUUGGUGGUGUUUUUAUUGUGAUUUUUACGUUACGUUAGUGUUCUUACGUUAUGUCGCUUUUAUUUAAUGCUCGUUCGCUAGCCUAUAGUGUUGUUUCUAGCAUUUCUUAGUGUAUUUAGGGACUAUAUUUCGUGGUGACUCCAGACAUCAGUGACGUCAUUUUCCUUGACUAUCUUUACCGAUCGAAAGAAGUUGAUUUAGUUGAUUAUGAUAUACUUAUUUUAAACUAACAUGGUCACUAACACUAUUAGACGGGAUAUUUACCACGUUCCUUUGUGUCUAUGAGUUAGAACAAAACAUGGUAAAUAUCCCGUCUCAAUUUCUAAUGAUAGUGUUUGUUGAUUGUGGUACUUAACCCAUCGAGUAUCGUAUGCGUCGACGGUGGCGCCAGUAGAUUUCCUAGGUCAAAUAGGCGACGGGUUAAUGAAAAAUUCCGAAAUAAAAAUUGAUAUGAGUGGGAUUCGAAUCUGACUUAUGUAGAUUACCGAAUCCCCCUUAAGCUAUUUGAUUUUUGACAACAUCUUUGUUAAGGUAUCAUGCACUAAGUCAACGUUUCUUGUCCUAUUCAUCAAUAAAUUCAAAAAAUCAAAGUAAAUGAUUUCGAUCUCUUAAAAAAUCUUUUUAUUUCGUCGCGGGUAAAGAGUCAUGUCCAAUUGAUGUCAACAAAAUUAUAGACACGUUUAGUUAAUGAUUGAGAAACUAUUCUAAUUAAUAUAUUAAUGAAUAUACGACUAUUACUGCCGUACUCAGAGACAUUUAACCUCUUGUAUGCCGUAAACACAUUGUGUCUCGCGUAGAUCUGCAUACCAAGGCAGUCAUGACUACUUAAACUAUUCCUUAGUAACGAUUUUGUUCUAAAAGCAAUUGCUAAGGACUGGGUUAAGUAACCAUUAAAUGACUCUGAGUACGGCAGUUAGGUUUCUACUUAGGUUGUAAAUUAAGUCCUGAAAAUGACUAUUCAUACAAAAGGUUACGGUUACAUUAUAUUAAUGAAAUUCCUCGUCACUAUUAUAUAUUUUGGUUAAAAUUAUAAUAUUUUACUCACUAUUAUAUUAUACUAAGAAAAAACUAUAAUUAACGAACCCAUACCGCCCCAAGUACAUAGUUUUAGUAAAUUAUAUGUAUUAUGUACACAGAUUGCUUUAUAUUCUAUACGACUUGUCAGUGAUAACAUGAUUUUCAAUCUUAUUACUUAAGCAGUAAGGUUCAAUAGAGAUAUUUAACAAUAAAAUGCUUUUCCAGACAGACAGGCGACGCGUAUCGAAUACCUAAAAUGAUAGAAUCCAGGUCAUUUAGCUACCAAAUGGUCCUAACUAUAGUCGAAUUCAAUUUUCAAUUCAAUGUAUGGGGUUCACACAAAGGAAACAAAUGUAUGGAGUCUGGAUCUACUCCUCAAUAGCAACAUGUGAUAUACCGUUGGAUAUGGCUUUCUAAAUGGAACAAUAGUAACUAAUAUACCUAUGGCCAAAUGUUAGUACUUUCAGAUGGAGGAUUUUGGAGGGGUAUCUUUUUCCUAAUGAGAAUUGGGCCCAACAUUACCCACUGUCCUUUACGAUAAUUUUCUCUAAUAUCGAUCCCAUACAUUAACAUUUAUUUAUGCUAUUUAAGUACUUAACAAUAUCAGAUAUUUAACCCGCAGAUCUAACGAGACUCAAUGUGUCUCAUGUACCAGGCAUAUAAGAGGUUAAUUUUCACACCCCGUAUAAAAGUGUUACCACUCACGCGCCGUUCAUACGUAAACUGAAGAGUACCUAAGCAAAACGGACCAAUCAGUGACCUUCUAUUAAUUAUGUUGUUAUAUGAAAGCUAUAAUUAUAUUAUUUGCCAUAGGACAAAUUGCACUGUUCGUUUUAUGAUAGUCUAUGUGUUAGAAGUAGAGUAUAAUGCCGUUAUUAUAAUUCCUGGAGUAUUUAAAUUAUUUGUUUGUGGCAGUGAAAUGUAUGGGGAUAUUAAUAUUGAAAACUAAUGAUCUUCUGUAGACUAAUGAUCUUCAAAAUCACUUGUGUUUUCAUUAAAUACUUUCAAAAUAAUAUACCUGCCUAACCAAUCGACGGAUUUUGAGAUAAGAGAAAAAGGCCAGCAAAGCACCUCUGACUCCUCUGGUGUUGCGGGUGUCCAUGAGCGGCGCUGAUCACUUACCAUCAGGUGACCCGUCUGCUCAUUUGCCACCUAUUCCAUAAAAAAACUAUUUUUCAAAUAAACAAUAGAACUGUGCACUGUAUCAUAUAUGAUUUCCAUAACAGAAUUGAUUAACCGCCAUACUCAGAGUCAUUUCAUACUCAUUUAAUGGUUACUCAAACCAGUCUUUACUAAGGAAUAGUUUAAGUAAUCAUUAAAUCUCUCUGAGUACGGCAUUAAAUAUUACAUUUAACAUGUGCGCUAAAUCUUCGAAACAUAAAGUAGGUACCUGAUGUUGAAUUAAAUUAGAAAAAACCAAAUUAAAAAGUUUGUUAGUACCAAAAUAUUUGAUUUAAUUCAUACAUUUCACUGCCACAGUAAUAAAGCGUUGCUAUAUGUAAUAGUAUUAAAAGUAUUCAUGUUUAUAUUUAAGAUAGCUGUGUUUAUGCAUCGUGCUAAAUGUCUAGCGUAUGUGAUAAUUGUAUGUAAACUAUUGAGUGUAUAAUAUAAUAAUUUGUCCAAAAUUGUAUAUGAUUGAUAAUGUAUGCGAUAUUCGUGUAUUGUUCUUACUGAAUAUACCUUUUACUGUUAAUAUAAGAAUAAUGGGUGAUACUUUAAACCCUUUAACACUCUUUAUGUGUGGGAGCCUUGCUUCAGCACGAAUGGGCGGGUUCGACUGGAGUGGAUACCAUGGCCUUAGAUAACACCGACGUGAAACAACGCUUACGUUGUGUUUCGUUGUGUGAGUGAGGUUACCGGAGGCCCAAUUAUCAAUCUUCCCAAUCCCCGAUUCCCCAACAACCCUUAAAUUCCUAACCCCCAAAAGGCCGGCAACGCACUUGUAACGGUUCUGGUGUUUCAAGUGUUCAUGGGCGGCGGCGUUUGCUUACCAUAAGGUGAUCCGUCUGCUCGUUCCUGUUUAGAGAAGAUUAAUAUAAUUAUGGACUAAAUUAUUAUAUUAUAGCCUCAACUUCACCUACCAAAUAAUGUCUUACCAGCACUUCUCCAUUAAAAAAUCGUCACAAAAAUUUAAAGAUCUUGUAAAUUAAAGUUUUACAAAUACUCCGUACUACACAGAACUAAAAAUAAAGAGAAAAUUCGAUUUUUUGGAUUCUCUUACAUGAUUGUCGUGUGGGGUGUUUGUAAACGUAAUAAUUCGCGUAAAGUAAAUGAUAGCAUCUGUAUUUGUAGACCUAGACGUGUUUUAUGAUAUAAAUUAUUUAUUGGAUAAAUAUAUGUGAAGGUAAAAUAAAUGGUAUUCUAAAGGUG